AUGAUGUUAAAGUGUGGCAGGCAGUACAGGAUUGUUUCGAAGAAUGCCAGCAGAGUGCUGAAUAGCACUGCCGUUAGUGGCAGAAACAGAUUGGGACUUUACAUGCAGCCAUUGUUGACCAUGGCAGCUUAUACUCGAACAUACUCUUCGAAACUACCACCACGUUUAACAGCAGAGACAUACCCAGAAGUGAAAAGAGAUGGCAGGUUUAAGUCUUUGGCUAAAGAUGAUAUUGACUAUUUUAAAUCUAUCCUGUCUGAAACCGAGUUAUUAGAAGGAAAUGAUAGUAAUGACUCAUUGGCAGCUUACAAUGAAGAUUGGAUGAGGAAAUACAAAGGUCAAAGUAAGUUAUUGUUGAAACCAAAAACUGUGGAACAAGUCUCAAAGAUUAUCAAAUACUGUAAUGAUAAUCGACUUGCUGUAGUUCCUCAAGGUGGUAAUACCGGCCUUGUUGGUGGAUCUAUCCCUGUUUUUGAUGAAAUAAUUUUAUCUCUCGCUAACUUGAACAAAAUAAGAGAAUUUGAUCCAGUAAGUGGAAUUUUUAAAUGUGACGCCGGUGUUAUCCUAGAAGCUGCAAAUGAGUAUUUGGAGAAGAAUGGUUACAUCUUCCCUCUGGAUUUGGGUGCUAAGGGUUCCUGUCAUGUUGGAGGUGUGGUAGCUACAAAUGCUGGAGGUUUAAGAUUACUGCGCUAUGGUUCAUUACAUGGAUCUGUUCUAGGUUUGGAAGUUGUUCUACCAAAUGGGAAGAUUGUAAAUAGUAUGCAUUCCCUAAGAAAAGACAACACUGGUUAUGAUAUAAAACAAUUAUUUAUUGGUUCAGAGGGUACGAUUGGUAUUAUUACAGGGGUUUCCAUUUUAGCACCUCCAAAGCCAAAGUUCACUAACGUCUGUUUCUUAUCACUUGAAGAUUACGAAUCCGUCCAAAAAGUAUUUGUGAAAGCAAGGCAAGAGCUGUCAGAGAUUAUAUCUGCUUAUGAAUUUAUGGACAAUAAGUCUUUGAGCUUAACUAAAGAUCAUUUGGAAGGCGUACCUUUCCCACUGGAAGAUGAACAUCCUUUUUAUGUUUUGAUCGAAACUUCUGGAUCAAACAAAGAGCAUGAUGAUGCAAAACUUGAAGCUUUCUUAGAGUUAGCAAUGGAGGAAGGUUUAGUGACUGACGGUGUUGUGGCACAAGAUGAAACAGAGCUAGCUAAUCUAUGGCAAUGGAGAGAGAUGAUUCCUGAAUCAAGUCAAUCCAAUGGUGGUGUAUAUAAAUAUGAUGUUUCUUUACCAUUGAAGAGUAUGUACUCUCUAGUUGAGGCUGUAAAUGACAGAUUAACUCAGCAUGGUCUCCUAGGUGAAGCACCAAAGCCAGUUGUUUCAGCUAUUGGAUAUGGGCAUAUAGGUGAUGGUAACCUUCAUUUGAAUGUUGCAGUUCGUGAAUAUACGAAAGAGGUAGAGAAAUGCUUAGAACCCUUUGUAUAUGAGUUCAUUCAAAGACACCAUGGUUCUGUGAGCGCUGAACAUGGGCUGGGUUUCCAGAAGAAGAAUUACAUUCAGUAUUCGAAAACCCCUGAGGAGAUUGAGAUGAUCAAAUCUAUAAAAAAUCAAUACGAUCCGAACUCCAUCUUGAAUCCUUACAAGUAUAUCUGA